UUGGAAUUCAUUUCUCGUCACGAUUUAAGAUACUUGAUAGUAGACCGACACACAUCAUCAACGCCUACUCGCAAUGCAUUUUGUAAUCGUUAUCAAGAUGGAAAGAACGCCACAUCAAGUCAAGACGUGAUCUUAUCUUCAUGCCACUGUGUUGCUGAUGCGAGAAUAUCAAACCGAUUUGUAUCUGAAAUACAUGCACCAACGAAUCGCAACAGACUUCUUCAAUCUUAAAAUCGACACCUGAACAAAACAUUCAUCAGCGUGUUAACUGUUGGGAGUAUUCGUAGGAAACGGCCUUCUGGAAUUUGUCAUGUUUUGAUAUUCUAUCUUGAAUUUUUUGUGCGCCAAACCUUACUUUCAGAGAAGAAAGUCUCAAUGCAUUGUCAGUUUUUAUUCGAACGCUUAAGAAUGUGAACCAGCAGUUAAUUCGAUUUCCGGGUCAGUGUUCUCGCCAUGUUGGAGUGAAGUCAUUGCAGCAUUUAGCAGAAUAACCAUUGUUGUAUUCAACAGUCGAUAAUAAGAAUGUUACAUUGUUGGAUUGCUGUCACAUAUCUCAUACUGGUGGAUCUCUACAAGAAGAAGAUUUUUGAGAAAGGUGAGACAUGGUUGAUCGCCAGCUCCAUAGGAUGUUCAUGUGUAGUCUUCCUGUUUUUCGUGAUCAUCCUCGGCGCGGUAUUACAUCAUAAGUUCCACAAGAGACGACGAGUAAAUGUGGCCCCUUCCAGAAAUUCGGUCAUCGAUAGAGAUCGAGGAGCUUCAGACAAUAGUUGGCGAGGUCAUAUGAACCAGGAACUGACAGUCGUCAGCCGAGCAAACCUCGUUGACAACGAAGUGACAGCUGCCUCAAGUUCAACUAGAUUUGAAGAAAUUGACUUGAACAGCGAAUAUGAGACGAUCUUCCCUAUCCUCGGACGACCAAUUAAGCCGUACACGUACCCAAGGCGGGAGAAGCCGCCAAGAAAACCGCGGAAGCAUGAGGUCCCAGUGAUGGGCUCGAACGCUGCAAUUUCGCUGGCCACCAGCGGGGCGGCGAUCAAGGACGGGUCGGGAUAUCUGGAGGUGACCGAGACCGGCGGUGCGACCUACUUGACUAUUAUCGAUGCUUCGGUGCAAGUGCCGGCUAGGCAAGACGGUAUUGCUGAGUCAGAGCCUGGGGAUGGUUACCUAGAGGUGGAUGCCCUGAAAAACCAAGGGGACCCGGUCUAUUUAUCAAUGGCGCAGAACCAAGCGGAUCCCGUUUACCUACCAAUGCAUGGAGACGCGUCACAGGCAUUGUACACCAGGAUGGAGAAAAGCAAUGAUGAGGAUGAUUACACUGAUAUGAAAAACAAAGAAGGCUAUGCCAAUCUGCCGGAAGAAGGGGCGCACUAUGUCAAUGUGCAAGGGGAAGGAAUAGGUCAAAAUGGGGUCACGGUCACGCAGAAGACGGCAGACGCGACAGAGCAAGCGUCGUCUGCUUUCAAUUCCGCGCGAGCGUUGAUAGAGGAAUCGUUUAAGAGGCGGUCUCGGUCAGUGUCAAAAGAUCCCGAAUAUUCGACGAUGAGGAACACUGGACGUGCGCAUAGUGACGCUUAUUAUAUUAGUAUCAAACCAGACGGGAGAAUUUCCUGGGCGUCGGACGAUGAUGGCUACCUGCGAGCGAGGUAUCCGUCGGAAUCAGAUGGAGCUCUGCCCUCACCAAUCGCCAUCGCUGACCCAAACAGUCGGACGCACGAAAACGCGUAUAAACGUUAUUAAGACUAGUAAACGAUUGUUUAUUCAAGUGGUGAAACUAUAUGUACAUUCGAGAAUUUUACCAUGUAACACUGUUCAUCUUGGAGUCAUAAGCCACAACCUCUCCUACCACCGUGUACAUUUGCCAAAAGUCUUAGGAUGAGCAGAAAAUAGAAUGCUAUUAGGCUAGAAGAGGGAGAUGGGCAUUGUGGUUAGAGUGCAAAAUAAUAAUCGGGAUUAUGGGAUAGUAGAUAUAUCAAAGAAAUUUGUCAUGUAUCUAGAUUUGAAAAGUUACAUUGUCUUAAUAAAUCAAGUUUUUUUGUUGUU